AGGCACCCCACCCGGUCUCUUGGGGUUUGGACGAAUCACGUCCCCACGUGCCAAGAGAUCCCCUCAUUUGAGGCAAAUGACCGCCUCUUCAUUUCACGCACGUUGUUGGUCAUUCUCCCUUAAUAGGCUCUGUGGCAGGUGACACUGGAGCAAGUCGGCACAAGGUAUUAUCAAAUGUGCACUGUGGAUUUGCUAAUUCCCACCCUCGGUGGAGCAUACCUCCAAUGCUUGUUACUGGGGUAUAUGUCCCGUGCUACUCUCAUUUGAUCAGAUUCUCUCGCUCUUUAUCGGCUUCCUCACUUGUCCAUGCUUCAUUGUGACACUAGACAAUAGUGUGAUCCACUGGGACUAGAGCAUUAUUACCUACAUAAUUAUAUAAACCCGUCUUCCCGUCAGUGUUCCUGGCAUCACUUGACUCUCUUUCGAAAGUACGUACUGUACAUAGCCCUAGUGGUCGAGAUCGUCGCACACCACCAUACCACCAUGUCAAUUUCCUCCAUCAGGGGUCUCCUCUCCAGCUACUCCCCCGUCUCGGAAUUCUCGCCGGAUUUGGAGAAGGAAUACCAACUACCCCUUCGAAAUGAAUCGUCGAGCGACCUCGAGUCUUCAGUCGAGGAGGCAAAGCCCAGUCGGCCAAAAACGGAGAAAGCGGACUCCAAAGUCAUUGACGGUCGACUGGUGUCAGAUGCCAUCAUCGGUCUUUCCGACGGUAUGACAGUGCCAUUUGCUCUGACUGCGGGACUGUCUGCUUUGGGAGAUACAAAAGUGGUAGUAUUCGGUGGAUUGGCUGAACUCAUUGCGGGUGCCAUAUCCAUGGGCCUAGGAGGGUAUUUAGGAGCAAAAAGCGAGGAGGAAUCCUACCGCGCAACACUGAAAGAAACCGAAAGCCAAACCAUGACAGAUCCAGCUGGGGUGACUGACACAAUUUCCGAUAUCUUCGCGCCCUACGACCUUCCUCCCCACCUCGUCUCCGAACUCACAAGACAUCUUUCUACCUCCCCGAUGCUCCCAUCUUUCCUCAUGAAUUUCCAUCAUACUCUUCAAGAACCCUCCGGCUCGCGCGCCUUUAUCUGCGCUCUGACGAUCGCCCUGGGUUAUUUCAUCGGUGGCUUCAUCCCGUUACUCCCCUACUUUUUCGUUGGACCGAAUGAUGCCUUUAUUGCGCUGCGUUGGUCUAUCGCUACUAUGGUCGUGGCGCUGUUUUUGUUCGGAUAUGGUAAGACAUGCUUCGUGAGCGGUUGGAAGGGCAGUCGGAAUAUUCGACGCGGGCUCAUAGGUGGUUUACAAAUGGUCUUGGUUGGCGGAGUUGCAGCAGGAUCUGCCAUGGGUUUGGUCAAAGGUUUCCAAUUAAUGGCCUCUGGUGGUAGUGAUGGAGGAGAGCACUAAUACUCCAACUACACCUUUUGUUUAUAUUCUGUCACUUGGCCUGGUUUCGGCGUUAUUGGGUAAAAAGGCAUUGGGUAUGGUCAAUGGGUCGCAGGGACUGGGUAUAUACUAGUACAUAUAAAAACUAUAAAUUCGUAUAGUAAAAGAAAUUUAAAAAGUUCAAAAC